AUGGCUUACCUAUUGUUGAUAACUGGCUUCACACUUCUUGUUACGGAAACCCUCAUUGGAAUGAUAACGAAUGGAUUUAUUGUCCUCAUCAUUUGUAUUGACUGGUUCAGAAGCAAGAAACUGUCCCCAACGGACUUGAUCCUGGGCUGUCUUGGAGUGUCCAGACUUAUGUGGCAGGCAAUAGUGAUUAUGAAGGUAACCAUGACUUUCUUUUUUAAGAGCACCUAUAUACAGAAUUACAUUCGGUUAAUGUUUAUCACCAUGUGGCUUUUUACAAACAUGGUGAGCCUUUGGUUUGCUGCCUGGCUCAGUGUCAUGUACUUUGUGAAGAUUGCCAUCUUCUCCCAACCCGUUUUCCUCCGAGUGAAGCAAAGAUUCUCGGGAUUGGUCCUAUGGCUGCUUCUGGGCUCAGUGGUCUUCUCUGCUUUUAUGAACAUCAUCAUUAUCACAGCAUCAAACUAUGGCUUGUCCACUUGCAAUCCCUACGAAAUAUGCCCAAGCAACUGCACCGAUACAGACAUUAAAAUACCUCAGUCCUGUAAGUACUUCAUCAUUCUAACUACUGCUCCCCAUUUCCUUCCUAUUACAAUAUUUUUGUCGUCAUCUCUAUUGUUAAUAACCUCCCUGUGGAAUCACAUAAGACAUCUGCGAUGCAAUGGAAUCAACCCCAGGGAUCUCAGCACGCAAGCUCAUUUGACUGCCAUCAAAUCUCUCAUGUUCUUUGCUAUUUUGUACCUGUCCAGUUUUGUAGCAGUCACUUCGCAAUCGCUUGUGAUCUGGACAAGCCGCCAGCGCGACUGGACAUCCAUAUUUUUUGAAAAUGUGAGUGCUGUGUAUCCCGCUGGACAUGCCAUUAUCCUGAUAUUAAUUAAUCCCAAACUGAAACAGGCAUGGUCUCAUCUGCUUCUAAAAGUCUUUCUGCCCCCGCCCCCUCCUCUGGAUUGCUCUGGAUUGACUCUUAAUUUAGGCAGGGUCUCUAGCUCAGUGGCUGAGUUGCAUGUAAAAGAUCCCAGAUUUGAUCCUCAACAUCUCCAGUUACAAGAAUCAAGAUGUAGAUUAUAG